CCUCCCCAUAUGUAUGCGCCCAGGCCUCUGACCUCUCAGAGUAUCAAUUAGCAAAGGUUUCAACUUUCCAAGUAGUGCUGAAGGGAUUCGUCGUCUUCACGCAGAGGCGGUUUUGCUCCAAUGAAGGCCUGUAGCGUAGCCAGGAUAUUUGGCUUAUGGCACCCAUGGAAUCUCUGCUCUCUGCUCUUGAGAGUUUUGCCCAAGCUGCUAGGUCUUCCUCCCAGUUUAAUGAAGAAAUCCCUCGAGCGAAAACAUAUUCAUCCAGCACACUUGGAGAUUGAAGUGGGUAAAUUGCCAGAGUUGCCGCAGGAUGUCCUCAUGGAUAUAUUUGCUCUUCUCGAGAUCCCUGACCUAAUGCGUGCCAGCUCCAUCUGCUCCUCCUGGCGCUCCAUACAUACCAGCCUAUGCAGUCUUGGGCUGUACAAGAGGCCCCAGACGCCGUGCCUCUUCUACACCUCGGAAUCUGCUGGAGAGAGUGUUGGGUUCCUCUACAGCCUCGCGGAGAAGAGGUCAUACAAGUUGACUCUCCCGGAGCCUCCUAUUCGCACUAGAUAUCUGAUUGGCUCCUCAAAUGGCUGGCUGGUUACUGCUGAUGAGAGGUCUGAGAUGCAUCUUCUCAAUCCAAUCACCUGUGAACAGAUCGCUCUACCGUCGGUGAUCACCAUCGAGCAUGUGACUCCCAUUUUCAAUGAAGCAGGUGCCUUGUGUAUGUAUCGUUAUUCACCCGACACAGUUGAGAACUGUAGUGACGAACCUAGAUCCCUAGCUCUCGCCACGCUGCGGAACCAGCUCCAUUUGAAGGCAUUCGUAUUUUAUGAUGCAUUCGCAGGAGGACAUAUUGUGGCACUUAUCCACAAUCCAUACGGGCAGCUUUCAUUUGCUAGGUUAGGGGAUAACAAGUGGACUUGGCUGCCACCACACUCUGGUUUUCAGGACUGCAUCUACAAGGAUGGUCUGUUAUAUGCAGUGACAUGGCAAGGAAAAAUUCACGCCUUCGAUCUCAGAGGCCCUAUGGUCACAACGGAGUUAAUUAUAGACAUUGUAGAAUACUACUGGGAUAUGUACAUUGUCCAGGCUCCGUGCGGCGAUCUACUGCAAAUCUGGAGAACCCGGAAGGGCAGUGAAGAUGCUGGCCCUCCAUCAUAUGUGACUAAUACCACGGAUAUACAGAUAUAUAAAGUUGACACCAGGGCUAAAAAGCUUGUGGGAAUAAAUAGCUUGGAUGAUCAGGUGUUGCUUCUUGGGCACAACCAAACACUUUGUCUAAGUGCUCAAGAGUAUCUGCAGUUGAAGGCAAACCGUGUUUACUUUACAGAUGAUGAAGAGACAUAUCUUUCUGGAUGGAAGGAUAACCGUCGUGAUAUUGGAAUCUUUGACUUGGCAAAUAGCACUUGUGAGGAACUUGUGUCCCCUCAGCUUUGGUCCAAUUGGCCUACGCCCAUAUGGAUAACACCAAGUCUUACAAGACUGUAA